AUGUCACCGCCAUCAAGCAUCUACAUAGUGCCCCCUUACUUACUUAGCACUCAUGAGGGUUCCCAAUUGAGAAAAAAGCUAGCUCGUAUAAGUGAACGAUUGAGUCUUAGCAAUGUGAUCACCACAGAUUCCCCCGACUACUUCAAGGUCACUGAGGAGGUUGAACAAGAGAGCGAGGAAGAUAAUUUCACGUUCUCCGACAAUCCGGUUCUCCACUCUAUAAUUAAAGAGAAAGUUUUAUACAAGCUAGCAAUCAUCGGUGUUUUGGGGAAUAACCCCAUGGAAUUAAGCACACAUGACGACAAAUAUGUGCAUGAAUUAUUUAGUAUAUUCAAAUCUAGAUUGCUCGAAGGUGGAGACGAGGAUGAUGGAGCCAAGAACGCCGAUAAUACGGAAAGAGAAAACACUAGCACGUCCUCAGUAUUCGCUUCGAACAAAGUUGGAGAGGUUGAUUUUAAAAAUCUUCAUAACGAGAAUACAUCAGAUGAGUAUCAGGCAUACUAUCCAUUGACGUUGAAAGAACUUUUGAAGUUGGCCAAUUCCCACCCCAAGUCAAGAUCUGGACACCUUCCGAGUUUGAUUGCACUAGACAAGGAAACAUAUUUUGGUUAUCCUCUUCCUUUAUCUUGGAGUCCGUUGAUUCAUUCAAAGUAUCUAUCUUUUUUGAAGACACAAUGGGAUUUUGGUAUAAAUAAUGAUAACGGGUACUCAACCAUCAGCAUGAAAGGAAGUAAUACAAGCAUCAUUCCCGAAGAUGGGGAGGAUUUAAACAAGGCGCGUUUCUACAAUUUGAUCACCGACCAACCAGUCAACUCGUCAUUUGGAAUAUUUUAUUAUGAGCUAGAAGUUGAGCAGGUGGCAGCACAAUCGACAAAUUUUAGAACCUUGAUAUCUAUGAAUGACCCCGCCGUGAGCUCUAACUCAACCUUGGAGGUGUUGGCCGGGUUUACAAAACGAUUUGUUACAUAUGAUGCUAUGAAAUCACCUUCCAACUCUACCAAACAACAAUGUACAAUAGACAUGGAGAAAAUCAAGCACGAUAUUAACCACAACGAAUCUUCAGAAGGCUUUUCCAGUGCCGAUUUGAAUUUAUUUCUCAAUACCAAGCCCGGCGAGUUCAAAGGAAGUUAUGCUGUUAAUUUUGCCGAUUCCAAUUUUUACAACUCGAUAAAGGGUGCCGAAUCCUUGGGCAGGUCGCAAGUUCCAAACUUGAAUAGACGGCUCAGUACUAUUGGAAGAACUCAUCAACAAGAUCUUGAUUCGGGGAAGAUUGAUAUUGGAAUUCCUUUCAAAACAAGAAUGGUUGAAGAUACCCCUGCACGUAGAGUAUACAAGACGGACGUGGUUGGUCUCGGCGUCAACUUUACAAAUAAGACUGUCUUCAUCACAUUGAAUGGUGUAUUGGCAAAGGUGAUUUGUGAAAAAGAUAUAGUAUCGAAUCAUGGGGCUUCGAAUGAUUUGUUCGGGGCGCCAAGCUCGGGGAACCCAUCUAUUGAAAUUUAUCCGAUGUUUGGCUUUAAAAUGAAUGAAUUGGAAAGGAUAGGCAACGUUAAGGAGUUUAGCUCAGCUAAGAUUACCACAAAUUUGGGGUUCAAAGAGUUUAAGUUCAACAUUAGAAGUUAUGUGAACCACUUUAAGCGAGAAAAUCAAGAAGCGAUUUACUUGUCGUUGCUCGAAAAGAUUCGUCUGAGUCAUUCGAAGCUGAGUGAUUCCAACACCCUAAGUGAUACUGAAAGGUCCUUGCUACACGUGAAUGAAGAUCCGGAAAUGUUGAACAAAUUGAUAAAAGGGUAUCUAGUACACCAAGGUUAUAUUAAAACGUUCAAUGCCCUCAAUACCGAUUUGACAAACUUGGGGUCAAGUACUGAAAAUGGAAGCGGUGAAGAGGAAAACGCUCACAUUUUAACCUCAAGCCACGCAUGCAAUAGGCAACGCGUGAAGAGUCUCAUGCAAGCCCAUCAGUUUGAUGAAGUGUUGCAUUUCCUUGAAGAAAACUACCAUCACGAGUUUUUUGAAUCAAUAUCGGGGGUUGACACUGUUUUCAAUAUCAAAUGGCUUGACUAUAUGAUCAGUUUGAAAAAGUAUUUGGACAGAAGGUUAAAAUUACAUGACAACUUUGAGUUUGAAUUCAGAGAGAGCGAACAAGAGAUGUUGGAUAAAAUAAUUGCAAAACGAGAUGCAUUAUUGCAGCAAUACAGAUUAGACCCAAAACAAGAUAAAGUGAAUGAGCUCUCACCACUACUACUAGUUCGUCUGAAGGAGGACCUUGAUAAAUUGCCCAAAGCCAAGAAACUUCUUGAGAAUCAUGCAUUGCAUUUCAAUAAAAUUCUCACCUCGAUUAAUGGAGUUAUAUUGAGUAGUGCUGGGUUCAAAAAGACUUCAAACCUUGAAAAGAUAUUCAAUCAAGUGGAGAACAAUGUCACCUCGUUGAUUGAACAUGAUCAAGAUAACAAUUUCAAGCUACUAAAUUUGGAAGCAGAUUAUAUGGGGCAAUAUAUAUGA